AAAAAGUAAUGCUACAACUGAAUACAAAGUUAAAAUAUUGUAGAAUAUUCUAUUUUAGUUAGUAGAAUUAGCAUGAAAGUGAAAUUGAAAAAUGAACGAGCAUGCAGCAUCAUUUUCUUGUAUUGAAAAAAUAGUAAAUUCGAUACAGUGCAUGAAGGAACGAUUGAUUUGCAGAAUUUGCUUAGAACUGUUUAAAGAACCUGUAACAAUAAAAUGUGGUCAUAAAUUUUGUAAAAAGUGUAUACUAGAAGUUGUUAAUAAUCAGCAUGCAACAUGUCCUUUCUGUAAUAUAAAAAUUGAAAAACGAUCAAUUCCAAAAGAAAAUAAUCAACUGUUGCAAUCUACUGUACAAUUAUUUAAUGAUUUGUCAGAAGCUAUUUAUUCUGAUUCUGGAAUUGAUGUUUUACAGCCUUUAAUUAAAAUAGGAAAUGCAAAGGAAAGUUCAUCUAACCAAGAGCAAGCAAGUAUUUUUAAAUCAGAAUCUAUUUCAUCCAUCUCAAAAGAAUCUUUAGCUACAAAUAAAAAUCUUUCAAAAUUAACAAUUCACUCCAAAAGCAAUAAAAAAUGCAAUGUUAAGAAACCCAGAGCACCCAGUGGAAUAAAGACAAAAAAUAUUAAAGAUACCUUACAUAAAUAUUUAUCUAAUAACCCUAAUUGUACAUCCGAUGAAACAGUGUAUACAGAAGAAAAAGUUAAAAGUUGGCUUAAAAAUAUUACACAAAAUGAAAAUAACAUAAUUAAUAAUAAUUCCGGUUAUGAAGAGAUUAAUGUAAAUAUAGAACAUUCCAUUAAAGAUCAUAUUAAUAAAUCAGCAGAUAUAUUGUUGAAUGAAAAAUGUGAGUCCACGUCAUCUAAUAUUUUUCCUAAUAGUAAUAAGGCAAAGGAUUUAAAGUUUGCUAAGCAUAUAAAUUUGCAAAAAGAACAACAGUGUAAAGAUAUGCAAAGAACACAUGAAGUAGAUAUGAUAGCUCAUAGUAAGAAAUUAAAUCAAGUUCUUUCAGAGAAAGCUGUUUUACAAACAUCCACAUCUAUCCCAGUUGCAUCUCAUUCUGAUGCUAAUAAUUGGCGUAGAAUAAAAAGAGUUGGUAAAGAGAUGCAAGCUAAAACAUUUAAAUCUUUAAAUGUCAGUGUUGAGAAAAGCUCUGCAUCAGUUAUAUUAGAUGAUACAGUGCCCUGUAAUUCUACAACUAAUGACAGUAAGAGCGUUUCCCGAGAAGUUGAUACAAAUAAAUCUUUAUGCAAUAGUAUUCCUCAUCAUUCAAUUAAUUCAUCAAGCUCAUAUAAUCAAGAAAAUAUUUCUUUAUCUUUUAUUGAUCAAAAGAAAGUAAAUGAAAUAAUUGGAAUUUCUAACUAUCAAGAUAAUUUAAGUACACCUGAACAAGCAAGAGAUGUAUCAAUUACAACAAACUCAGAAUUAAUAACAAAAUUAAAUCAACUAAGUCCUUUAAAAAUAAAAUUAGAUAAACAUCAAAGUAAUGAAUUUUUUGAUAGGAACUCAUCAAAUGGCGAUUACAAAACAGAUAUUAUUGAUGGAUAUUCUCCAACAAAACAUAAAUUAUCUUUGAAAAUUAAAUCCACAUCCUCGAAAUUAAGUACUUCCGAGUUAAGUAUUCAAAAUAAUAUUCAAAUUGCAAAUAACACUUCAAAGAUUAUUUCCGAAAAACCAAAAAGUACAUUAUUUCAAUUACCAACAAUAAUAAAUAAUGAAUUCUCUCAAACAAAUCAAUCAAUUAUCGCAUUUAAAAAAUUAGGUAAAAUGUGCCGAAAACGAAAGAAUAUUUCUUUCUUUUGUCUGGGUAAAUUAAGGCCAAAAAAAAAAAUAAUUAUUUGUAGUCCUACAAAACAUCAAUCAUCAGGUAUAGUGCUUAAAAGUAAUGAACCCAUAAAUUUGAAUUAUAAUGUUCUCAUGGCAAACCUUGAAGUAACUGACAACAAUACUUCAACAAUAAAUGCAGAUAUACCAGUAAAUGUUAAAAUACUUUCGGCUGAAAAAAACAUUGAGUCAAUAUCGUCAUCAAAUCAAUUGACAAAUCAAUCUAGUAAAACAUUGUAUGUUGAUACAAAUGAAAAUAAUAAUAAAUUAAAAAUUUCGGAAGUAAACCAAUCAAAUAUAUUAAUGGAGAUUGAUGAAACUCCAGUGAUAAAGAAAGUUUUGAUACAACCAUUGGAAUAUAAUGAAAAUAAUAUUCAAGACGACCACUUUAGUAUAAAUAAAAAAAAUUCAUUUAAAGUAGCCAACAAUUAUCAUACAGAGUCUAACGUUAUGGAUAAACAAAUUAUAGAAGUAGAUUUGGAAAUUCCAAAAAAUAAUGAUAAUCCAAUGCCAGUAGAGAAAAAAAAUGAAAUACUCCAAAAAUAUCAGAUUUAUAUUAAUUCAGAAGAAACUGAUUCUAAAUGCACUCAAAAAUCUGUUAAUAGUGAAACUAGUAGUCCUGAUCAAAAUCAAAAUAAAAAUGUUGAUGUAGAGGAUAACUUAAGCAGUCUAUGUUCAAAUACUCAUGAAUUUAAAAAUCAAUGUGAAUUUGAAAAAGAUAAAUCUAUUUGUACAAGUACGUCAAGUUCUCCGUUACAAAUAUCUCCAUUUAAAAAAAAAAGGACACAUUCAGAAUCAUCUAAUGAUGAGGACGUAUCGUGCAUAAUUGAUAAAUGGUGUGUCAGAAAGGAAGAGCCAACUAUCAAAAAACAGAAAAUUGUCUCAGAAUCCAGAAUAGAUUUAAAUUCGCAAGAUAAAGAAAAUAAAGUUGGUAACUUAGAGGAAUUACUUUCUGAUGACAACGAUAAUACAUUAGUUAAUCAUACUCUGAAAAAAUCCACAAUAAAUACAAAAUUAAAUGAUGUACCAGAUAAUGAAAAUAUAAGUGAAGUGCAAAAUUUUAAAGAAAAUACAGAAGGUGUAAAGAAAUUAUUUGAUGUUCCUAGUUCACUACUAUCAGUAGAUCUUUUUGAAUCUAAUGAACAAUGUAUACAAUCCAAUAUUGAAACGACUCUUAAGCCAUUAAAUAAAAUCACCAGUGAUAAUCUUCCACUGAAUCUUUGGACCGAUCAAAAAAGUGACAAAGAACAUUUAGAUUUUAGUAAGAGUUUAUCAAAUAUUACAAUAGUUAAUUUAAAGCAGUUUAAUAGAAGUAAAUCAAAUAUAUCUGAAUGUUCAGAAACUUCCAACAAAGAAAAUAAUGCAUGCAACAAUAUUGAUAUAAAUAGUCCAAUCAAAGAAAAUUUUGACAAUGUAGAUCAAAUAUAUCAAAUAGAAAACUCUCAAAACAAUAGAUCUAUAGCAAUAAAAAAUGAUUCUGUUGAUAGCCAAUUUAAUACAUAUCAUGUGUCUGAUAGUUUAAUGAACAUUACACAAGAGCAAUUAGCAAUGAAAAAAAUUGAGAAGGCUCUUAUAGGAGUUAACUUAUCAGAAAUUCAUGAUGAUAAAAAUAAAGGAAAUGAUAAAAAUGAUAAAUUUUCUACACCUCGUCAAAAGUUUAAAUAUCAAAUCAGUAACAAUACUGACGAUGAUUUUGAUUCUGAUAGUAUCGAUGCUACACCUAUUUCAAAGAAAAGACAAAUAUUCAAUUUUCAAACACCCAAAUCUACAACUAAAUCAGAAAUAAAUAACUCCCAUGGAAGUUCACCUGCGACAAGAUUAAAUCUUAUUCCAGCAGUAACACCCAUGAAAAAUAGAAAAUCAUAUCCUUUAAGUCAUAGUACACCAAUGAUUAAUUCACCGACUUCAGCUAAUAAAUUAUGUAAUAAAACUAAAUCUAUGACUUUGAUUUGUAGCGGUCUUCGGUUAGAAAAUAUUAAAGCAGUUCAAACAUUUGCAAAACAAUUUGGUGCCAGUUUCCAAAGUAAUUUUAAUAUGGAAGUAACUCAUGUAAUAGUGCAAACAGAUAUUGAAACUAAAGCAGGACAAAAAACUUUUAAAUACAUACAAGGUAUAGCUUUUAAAAAGUAUGUGGUUAGUUUUCAAUGGAUAGUUGAUUGCUUGAAACAAAAUAGCAUAUUAGAUGAAAAUGAAGAAAAAUAUGAAGUAUUAGAUCCUGAUGUUUUUGAAUCAGGAUCAAAGAGAUCUCGAACAAGGACACAAGACUUAUUUGAAGAUUUUGCUUUCUUUUGUCAGGGGCCAUUUAAUUCUUUUUCAUUAAAUGAAUUUAAGAAUUUAAUAGUCUUUAACGGUGCUAUUAUUACAUCUUCGAUUAAAGAACUUUCACUUCAAAAAGAGAAGUAUAAAAUCGUAAUUUUGGAAUCCGAAAAUUUCAGUUCAAAUAAAAUAUCAACACUAAAAAAAUCGGAUGGUAUCUUAAUAUCCUUUGAAUGGAUCAUUGAUAGUAUAAGCCAGUAUCAAAUUUUGUCACUUUUGCCUUAUUUAUAUGAAACAACUGUUGAGGAAGCACUAGCUUUGGGAUUUCCUCCUGAAUACUUCGUUGAAGAGGAAACUAUAGAAGAAGAAGAGGAGGAGGAGGAGGAAGAAGAAGAAGAGGAUAAAGAAAACGAGGAAGAGGAUGAAGCACAAUAAAAUCAAAAUAUAAAAUAUAAUGCUUAUUGUAAAUGUAAAAUAUUUUUAUAUUA